AACCUUUCCAGGCUUGAGGUGUUGAUGGGACUAUGGGAGACUAGGAGAGAUGGGAAUGAGUGGGAAGGAGGAGUGGAGGAAGACGGCGGACACCCACAUGAUGAAGGACGAAGAGGUUAAAGCAAAGGGAGUAGAGGCUUCCAAGAGGCCGCCUGGACACAACCCAGGGGAAGUGCUGCACCAGAGGCGUAAAUUGCCUUACAGUCCUCCAACAAUGGCGGUUGCUGGCUUCCUCAUUGCAGCCACCCUUGGCUACUUCACAUUGUACGCCAUGAAAAAGCCUGAGGCCACUGCCAAAGAUGUGGCCAAAGUUGCCACCGGCACGGCGGAGCCCCAGGACACUCAUCCUCGCAAGUAAUGUCCCACUGCCGCCCAUCAUCAUCAUCAUCAUCAUCAUCAUCAUCAUCAUCAUCAUCAUGUGGGGUGUAUUCUUCUGAGUUUUUGUUGAUUUUCUCUUCAUGUUUUUACCUCACUAGCUGUCUAUGAAUCCAUCCUUUACAAAUAAAAUUAAAACCGUUGUUUUUGUUCUCU